AUGUCUUUUACUACUACUAGUAGUACGCGGUUAAAAUAUCCGGCCAAACUCACAUUCGCUCUCCUCCUGUGGCUGGGUGUUUUUUCCAAUGCAGUCAAUACCAGCAGCGUACCCCUCCGCGGAGAAGAUCCUUGCCCAGUCUCAUGUGCGGUAUCAGGUAGCAAGCCUGGUAACUGGACCGCCUAUUCCAGCGUAGACAGACUCGAUUUCUGUCACGACACAAUGCUGUUGGAUUUUGCGGUAUAUACCCCUCUUGGCGGCCCCACGAAACACACCACCACCAUCAGGGCAUGUACUCAGACCCAGUCAAAGUCCAGUCCCAAGAGAGCCCUUAGAAGACGGAAAUCGCUCUCUGAUCGCGGAACUGAAGCCACAAAUCCAACAACCGCUGCUGUGCAGGUAGCCUGGUGGAACUCAAAUUCAGCCCAGAAUGCCGACAUUUCCAAUAUAGUGGACGAGACACGCAAGGUCCAGGAAUAUCUCACCGCUAAUGCUGAUACAUCUUUGGUCUUUGCCUCCAACAAGAACGAGGCAAUUGGUGUCUUCGCAGGUGCCCUCGUUAAAGACACCAUUCUGAAGUCCACGGCAGUCCAGGAUUUCAUAACCCACGUCAACGACAAAGGUGUCUCCCAAAGCUUGCUCCUUCAAGUCUGUGGGUCGGAUCUUAAGGCGGACUUUACCUUCGGAAUCGUGGCGGCUACGGGGGAUUCCAAGCUUGAACUCGUCCAAAGUGCAGUAGCCAGUUGGGCUAAUGGUAGCUGCUUAGCAGGGGGCGACGGCACUGAUUCACUGAAGGAUAUCAACAUCCCCGUUCCAACUAAGAUCGACGUUCGAUCCCCAGCGCCCGUUCGUCCUCGCGAUCUCUGUAGGACUACCACCGUAACCUCGGGCGACAGUUGCCAGUCCCUAGCUACGGCUUGCGGUACUACCCUAGCCGACUUCCAACAGUACAAUCCCGGCUCAAGCUUCUGCUCCACCUUGCAAGUCGACCAGAUCGUAUGCUGCACGUCUGGCUCUCUUCCUGUCCCAACUCAGAAUCCAGAUGGCUCCUGUGCUUCAUACGUCGUCCAAUCUGGAGACUGGUGUGCAAAAAUUGCCGCUGCAAAUGCUGUUACCGUGGACAAUCUCGAGACGUGGAACCAGAACACAUGGGGCUGGACCGGUUGCGGCAAUUUGCAGCCCAAAGUCAAUAUAUGCCUUAGCACGGGAACCCCUCCUAUGCCUGCUCCCGUACCCAGCUAUAUCUGCGGUCCACAGGUGCCGGGAACUUCUCCGCCUCCUUCGGGCGUCAGUCUUGCCAGCCUCAACCCGUGUCCCCUGAAAGCGUGCUGUGAUGUAUGGGGGCAGUGCGGGACGACGCCGGAAUUCUGCACUCCUUCUGGGACGGGCCCUCCCGGGACGGCUGCUCCCGGUACCAAUGGUUGUAUAUCCAACUGUGGGACUGAUAUUGUCAGCGGAACUGCGCCAGCCAGCUUUAUGAGUGUUGCGUACUUUGAAGGGUGGAAUCCGUCCCGGCCCUGUGUACAUAUGGACGUGGACCAGAUCGAUGCCACGAAAUACACGCACAUCCAUUUCGGAUUUGCUGGCCUAACAGCCGAUACCUACCAAGUUAACAUACCCUCCGACGUCCAGGCGCAAUUCGACCGAUUCACAACAUUCCAAACGCCGAUGAAGAAAGUCCUUUCGUUGGGGGGUUGGACCUUGUCCGCAUCUCCAUUCGACAAUCAGGUUUUCCGUAGCGGAAUGAGUCCACAGAAUCGAGAGGCCACAUCUACAAACAUUGCCAACUUUAUUACUGAAAAUAACCUAGAUGGUGUCGAUAUUGACUGGGAAUAUCCUGGCGAUCCUGACAACGCUCAGAGUAGCCCAAGUGACGGCCCCAAUUACCUGAAAUUCAUUACUGUACUCAAGGGAAAACUCCCAGGGAAGACAGUAUCAAUCGCAGCACCAGCCUCGUACUAUUAUCUCAAGGGCUUUCCUAUUGCCGCUAUGUCGAAGACGAUCGACUAUAUUGUCUUUAUGGCGUAUGAUCUUCACGGCCAGUGGGAUUAUGGUCAUGAGUAUUCCCAAGACGGAUGCCCAGGGGGAAAUUGCCUACGCUCCCACGUAAAUAUCACCGAGACUUUGGACGCAUUGGCGAUGAUCACAAAAGCAGGCGUUGAAUCAAGUAAGGUCCUAGUAGGGGUCUCUAGCUAUGGACGGUCCUUCGAGAUGACAAUUCCCGGCUGCAGAGGGCCAACGUGUACGUAUACAGGCCCGAACUCGGGGGCCACACCUGGAAAUUGCACACAGACUGCCGGUUAUCUUUCCAAUGCAGAGAUUGGCACGAUUAUAGGAUCUGGCACUUCAGGAGUUAGACAGUUGUAUGACGGCGGUAGUGACUCUGACAUACUCUUAUACCCUACCAAUCAAUGGGUGGGUUAUAUGUCUGAUAAGACGAAAGCAUCCCGCAUUGAGAGGUACAAGGGCUUAAAUUUUGGAGGAACAAGCGAUUGGGCGGUUGACCUGCAGCAGGUUCCGGCAAGCCCAUAA